UUUUGGCUCCAUUGGCGCAUAAAUUGACGUCAGGUUGCCUCCAUUCAACAAAACAAAACAACAAAAAAGAAAACAAAAAACGUUGCAACAAAACAUUUACGACGUCAUCGUUUCACAAUUUUCGUGCGAGCCCCCCACAGAGUCACUUGCCACCUACCGUGUUGUUCUUUUGCCAACAGCAGAAACAACAAUAAGAAUUACAAAAAAACAGCUUAAAGGGAAGAGGAAGGAAGGAAUCUGAAAAGACGUUGCAAUAGACUGCAGUCCGCACAACAACUAACGAGCUAAGCACUUCCCGUUGCUGUCGAGAAUGGGCGUGGCACGCGUCACUCGUGGCGCCGCAUCGAUGCUGCUGCUGACAGGACUCCUGCUCCUGUGCCUGGGCGACACCGUCAACGCCUACUCCAAGUAUGGACGCGGCUGCGGCGACAUUGGCUGUCUGCCCAAUGAGGAAUGCGUCAUCACCAGCGACUCGUGCAGUUACAAUCAGCGGGAUGGCAAGGACUGUGGCAAUUAUCCGACCUGUAAGAGGAAGAGCGGCGCUGGCGGCUCAACGCAAACGUCGUCUGUUAAUCCGUCAGGUAGCGUCCUCAAUCCGGGCUAUCCCAUGCAUGGCCUGCAGCCGGUGAAUCCGUACAAUCCACCGUUCGUAUUCGGCCAACUGCCAUUCUAUGGGGCCCCCGGCGGUACGGGCGGCCCGCCCGGCGGUAGUGCCGGAAUUUUGGGUGGCAGCGGCGGCGGUCUGGCGCCCUAUGGCAGCAACUAUCAGGGCUACCAGAAUCCGAAUAUGUACAAUAAGCCGCCGCCUCAGUAUCAGAACCAGAACCAGCAGAAUCCGUACAAUCGCCAGACGCAGGCGCAUCCAUCGGGGGCGGCACGCUUACAGGGGCGUGGCAGUGCGAUAUUCACAAUGGUCUCAGCGCUGCUCACCACUCUGCUGGCAUCGACGUUGCGCAGCACGUAAUAAGUAUACAAAUAUUGAUAAUAAUAACAACGAUCAGGAUGACUAUAAUAACGAUGAUGAUGACAAUUAUGGUUUUGAUUUCGAUUCUGGAUUAUCAAUUAUUACAGUUUCGAUCACAAUUUUACGUUACUUUCAAUAUAAAUUUUGUUUUGCAUUACCUUUUUUCAAUAUUUCUAUAAAUCUGUUUAUGCUUAUAUGUAUAAGUAGAUGAUAGUAUGUAAGUCUCUGUUCUGUGUGGCAACAGCAACAUCAACAACAACAACAGUAGCAACAACAAUUAAAACAACAACAGCAACACCAUUAAAUAUUAUAAUGCAGAAGUGAGUCAAAAAAUGUGUGCAACCAUUUUUCCCCCUCGUUGGGAUCGCGUUAAGCCUUAUGUAAGUUUCAAAAGAGAAGUUUUAGAUUUCAUUAUCAGUAGCUAUAAAAGAUAUUUCCUAGAGGUACAAAAUUAAAGUCCUUUACAAAUGUUAUAUGUGAUCUUGGAUCAAUUCAUAUUUCAACUUUUCCAUCAUUUUAAUCUGAACAAAUUUAUUUGUAUCUAAUUUCUUUUUUUUAAACAGUUGCUUAUGGGGUCUAAAAAUCACCAAUUGAUUUAAAUUCUUCAGUUAAUUGUUUACCCUGACUCUGUUUGUUUGUUUACUGUGUCCAGACCAUAAAUACUUGAAUUGCCCUUGAAUCGGUACAGAAAAUUAAACUUCAAUGUUAUUCCAAUUCACAAGCCUUUAAAGCAAUUGGAAUAGGUACACCUUUUCUAGUUUUAAGGGAGUGGGAACAAUUUGGCAGAAUUCAAAACUUUUAUUACUUUUUAUACAUUUUGCGAAAUUUUAAGGCACCAUAAAUCGAUACACAGCAAAGCUUAAAAUAUUCCCAAAAAUACUGAAAUAUUUAAUUAAAUUUUGAUUUUUCAUUUUGCUUUAAUUGCAGCCAACAUUUUAUAGAGUAUAUUCACUUUAGAAUGUUUAUAACAACACUUGUGUUGUCCCUAAAUAGUAGAAGAAGAGAAGUAGAAACGGAGGCGUACAAAGUCAAUUUUGUAUGCUACACUCACACACACAGACAGACACAUGUCCGUUCUCUUUCUCCCUCCGUUCUCCCUCACUUUCUCUUUCUAACUCUCUCUCUCCCUCUCUGUCUUUCAAGUGUGUGUAGUAAAGUGAAGCUAUCUUACUGUUGGAAACUCAUAAGCGUUUUCCCAUACAGUCUGCCACCCGGCGUAUACGUAAUUUCAAUUUAAAAUUCCAUAUACAUAUGUAUGUAUGUAGAUACGUGCAGUGUCUGUGUGUUCGUGUCCAUGUAGCAAGUUCAUUUGUGCGGUCUAACUAUCAGUUGGCUUCCAACGCUUCAACUUCAAGCAGCUAGCAACUCGUCGUUUCCGGCCAUGCCUUCUUCCUGCCAUCCCCUAAGCUUUUAUUUUUUUGUAGCUCAAUUAAAUUGGAAUUUAAUUUCGGUUUUAGGCAGGCACACACACACACACACGCACACAGUUUUGUUUGAAGUGAGUUAGAACAGAACAGA